AUGUCUUCGAUGAUUAUGACGAAGAACAAAGAAGAAUCCGACAAAGUGUCAGCGAAGUCUGAGGACUCUGAAGAAAACGAAAAUAAAAAUAAUAACAAAAUUAAUGACUUAAUCCACACCAUGCAACCAGUUUUGAGAGUAGAAAACUUUUUUGGAAUAUUUCGAUUCAGAAUAACUGCCGAAGAAUUACUGCCAACGAACAAAAAAAUGAAACUCAUUAGCAUAUUAAUGACGGUUGGGUAUAUUGCAAUAUUCUCCUUUCUCUUAAAACUACCUGCAGCUAUUACAGGAACUGGAAAACUCGUUGAUACUGUAGAUGAAGUGCCGUCAAUAGUGAUAUUGAUUCAAUACGUCACAUCAGCAAUCACCACAUGUUUCCUUCUAACCAAUAACAGUAUUAACAUCUUUACAGCAUUCGCAAAUAUAGAUUCUGCGCUGCAUAUUAAUACUAGCGAAGAUUUCUACAAAAAUGCGCGUAAGAGGUCAGUCAGAUACCUUGGUGCAUUUACAGUGUAUCAUUUCUUUGUGACUCCUAGCGAUCUUUCCACGGAUGAAGAAAUCACGUUCAGCAAACUAAUUGUGAUGCCGCUAUACUACGAAGAGAAUCUUGAAAUUCUAGUUUUCUGCUUGAUGAUCAAUAUGCUAAAGUGCAGACUAACAGUUAUAAAUAAUUAUUUAGCUAAGUUUAUAGAUGAAAAAGAGAAUACCAGAGCUGCAGUUUUCGUCGUCGGUGAACGCAAAACUAACGCUGAUAAUUGUUUUAAUUUGAUAGGCCGAAUGUCUACAAAAAAUAUGAAGAUACGCGAUUUAGCUGCAACGUACGAUAUAAUUGGCGAAACAUGUUCGCUAAUUAACCAAGUCUUUAACUACCAAAUCUUCAUGACACUGGUAUCUACGUUCACUUACAUAGUCAUAACCAUCUGGUCUUCUCUAUAUUACUUCCGAAGUAACGAAGCCAUUUCAGGAUCUAUGAUAACCAUCAUCAUUUGGUGCAUUACUGCGAUUCUCAAAGUAGCUGUAAUGUCUUUAGUAUGUGAGAGGUUGCUUCUAACAAGAAAUGACACUAAGAUCUUGGUCAACAAAGUCAUAAUGGACUACGAUCUCCCCAAGACGAUGCGAGUUCAGGCCAAAGCAUUCAUGGACUUGAUAGAGGCAUGGCCGCUUCGUGUGUUUAUCUACGACAUGUUUUCAGUCGACAUUACUCUAAUGCUGAAAUAUAUAAGUGUUGCAACUACGUAUUUGAUCGUAAUAAUUCAAGUCUCUCAUUUCGCUUAA